GAGCUCUAGUCACAACAGUCCCAAUAUAUCGUUGGAACUCAAUUUCCUAUCCGGUGACACCUUUUUUUUUUUUUUUUAACUUAAUGAGGCGUCUUGAUACCGAGAAGAGACGGACGCUAAUCUUCUCCAGACAGAGAGGAGAGAAGUCCGCGGUUCACGCAUCCUCCACAGCAGAUCAUCCGAAAGGGCCGACCGGCUCCAUCUCCAGCUCCACCGCGGCCUGCUGAAGCCUCCGCUACCGCAAUGGCACACGGAUGCGGAGGGAUGCAGGAACGGCGCGAGAUGAGGAGAGCCAGCUCGAGACCUGCGGUGAUGGGGCUACGGCAAACGCUUACAGAACUCUGAUAAGAGAAAAUAAAACCCUACAUACAGCACGGCGUAGAAUGUUUUAUCGCAUUUGUGAGACAUUAAGUGCGUUACUUAAUAUGAUCAAACAAAUCCUUUAUUAACAGCUCAGUUUAGCUCAACCCGAUACAGGUUCGUUUCUCCAUUCGUGAAUUGACAAAGUAACUAUUUGGUGAAAGUUCUGUGAAAUAAAAUGCCGUCCCCGUCCGACACGAGCAGCGCGGCGUCGCUUUCGGGCUCGCGCGCCUUCACGGGGAGCCGCAGAGGCACUUCCGGCAGGGCGAGGGCGAGCGCGCGCGUGCUGCUCUACCUGGGCCUGUGUCACCUCGCGCUCGGCGCCAUGGUACUUGCGUUCAGCUUCACGAGCCUGGCGUUCAGCGCCUCUGCGCGGGUGCGACAGUCCUGUCCGUUCUGGGCUGGUUUCUUCGUUGUGGCUUCUGGAAUAGUAGGAGUGAUAUCUUGGAGGAGACCCUUCACACUGGUGGUAUCACUGUUCAUGCUGCUGUCUGCCGUGUGUGUGAUUCUCAGUCUGGCUGGCUCCAUGCUGUCCUGCCAGAAUGCACAGAUGGUCAAAUCGUACCUCACCUGCCAGGUUGAGCAUGGUCUGUGUGUAUGUUGUGACCCAAAACAGACAUGCUCUUUGAUGGAGGAUGAGACUUUAGUACUCUACCUACAUGCCGACUGCCAUUCGGUACGGCACCAGCUCAAGGACCUGCUGUUUAGUGCCUGUGGGCUUAGCAUACUCUCUACCAUCAUUUGCACUUUGUCAACGGUCACCUGUAGCAUCCAUAUUUUUUCUCUGGACUUGCUUCAUCUGCUGGCUCCUCACCGAACACGCUCGGUUAACCCAGAAUGCACCACGCCUCAGGAUGCCUUUCUCACUAAUAUGAUGGACUUUGAAGAGUUUGUCCCACCCAUCCCUCCGCCUCCUUACUACCCCCCCGAAUACACCUGCAGCUCUGAGACUGAUGCUCAGAGUAUCACAUAUAAUGGCUCAAUGGAGAGUCCUGUGCCGCUCUACCCUACAGACUGUCCUCCUCCAUAUGAAGCAGUGAUUGGGCAAAGGGACCCCAGCCUGCCAACUCCCGCUGGCGAGCCUUCUGCCGAGAGAGGAACCUCUGUGGCUUUCAGUGGGGAAGUGUCAUGUGACAGUGGCUCUCUGCUGAUGUCUGAGAUUGUAGAUAUUCCAGAUGAUAGUUCUCCAUCAGAGGACUCGUGUGUGUUGGAGGUGGCGUUUGCAGUGCGGGCACGGGGGAGAGGGGUCAGUGAGGGAGGGGAGGGCAUUGACUACAACAUCCCACAACCACCCGGGGCUCGCUGCUGCUUUAGAGGUGAAAGGUCCAACUCCUGCUCCUCUCCCAGCACCUAUAACACCUCCACCUUUAGGUCUCCAGUAAUGCGACGCCAGGCCCUGCUUGCCUAUAGUUGUUCUCAGUUAGAGAUGCUAGGUGGUGCUGCUUCUACACGCUCCUCAGUUCCAGAAAUCCUGGUGUGUCCAUGUGCUUCAUCUCGACGAGGCUCUUCCUCUGAUGCAACCAAUCCGCGAGCUUUGCCCACCUCAGGUGUUACUCGAGAUCACCAAUGCAGCGUGGCUCCCGGGCUCCACCCAGUCCCUUGUGUCCAUUGGCGAUGUGGCCGAGACAGUAGGGACAGUGAAUCCCUCCUCCCCUUGGUGAGGUCACACAGUGAACCGGGACUGAGCUCCUCCACUGAGACAGGUGAUUUUACUGUCUCAAUAGGCAGCAAAGGAGUGGGUGAGGGUGGCUCCCACACCUCAUCAGAAACAGGCAGAUCGUCAGCUUGUCUGCUGCGACAGCGAUCUCCUCUGGUGUCCACUGGUACGCUGCCAAGGAAGGGAAGCCUGAAAGUUACCACAGAGCAGCUACCUUCCAAACAGCCGCUGACCAGCUCUCUGCGUGUCCACAAAGGCUGCACUCGAUCUUUGGGAGACCUCAAGGUGACAAGAGUGCUGGUGCAGCGCUUACUACAGAGGUCCAAACGAAAUCUAGCCCCUGCCUCCGAGAAUGCUGGGAACUGUGGCCAGAGACCCAAAAGGAAAGUGGGAGGGGAGGGAAGCCUCCCGUUCGAUCAGGUCUUGCGUGCCUCUUGGGGCGCCAGCAGAGGGCAGCAAUACCAGCAGCGUUCCCACCACCAUCGCCGUGGGCACCACCAUUCUCACAGCGAGGGGCACCCUGUCAUCCGUCACAGUGAUCCUGACCCUGCGAGGACAGAGGGCAUCCAUCUGCGCAGCUGCGGCGACCUGAGCUCGAUGUCAGUCGUGUCAUUGCACCGGCUCCACCCACAUGUGCAUAUCUCAUCCGGAGCGCUGCAAUUCGACUCAUCCCUCUGAGUAAAGGCAGAGCUUGUUUAAAGCAGAAAUACAGUGGAGAGGAGAGUUUGUUGGAGGCAGAGGGAGAUCAGAUGUAAUCGAGAUGGUAACUGAGAAACAAACUCGUCUCACUUUGACUACUGGACAGUCAACAGAAAGACUUAAAAACGGGGGAAAUGUAUCAUUUGGGGUUUUACAGGCGGAGUUCAGAUGUAAAGGACAUUCUUGACUUUUGUUAAUUGUGAUGGAAUCAUAGAAUCAUCUUAGAAAACUUGAGAAAUAUUUGAUAUCCUCUCACAAAUACUGAGAUAUCUUGAGAAAACAUCGGAGAAACAAUUAGAGGAAUCCUUAGAGAAAUCUUUUGAGAAAACCCUUUGAGAAAUGCUUACAGAUCCCUUUAUAUAAAAUGGACUCCAGACCCAUGGCUGCCAGUGCCUCAACAACACGGUGGUG